AUGAGCUUUCCCGGUGCUGCUCCGCCGCCCGAAGGCGUUAUCCCUGAUCUUGCUCACCCGCAAGAUGUGCUGAGGACUGUGAAUUAUGUCACUCAGGCACUGACAAUAACCUUUGUCUCCAUCUUCGUUGGGAUACGAUUUUACGCAAAAACCAGGUUGCUGGGAGGAGGGUUUACGGCAGAUGACUAUGCAACGUACGCGGCUUAUAUACUCAUGAUAGGGUACUGCAUCACCGCGUGCUUUGCUGGUGCACAUGGCGGAGGUCUCAACAUGUGGGAAGUCUCCAAGGAGCAAGCUCAGUUAUACUUCAAGUCUUGUUAUGCGGCCACGAUCUUCUACGCCCCGAUGGCCAUGACUGUCAAACUGGCCCUGCUUAUCAUCAUCAUCCGAGUCUUUGGAUCUGUCCACCGCCGAACGCUUAUCGGAAUCUACAUCUUUAUCGGCAUGAUCGUCGCGUAUUACGUCUCCGGCUUCUUCAUCAAGAUCUUCAUCUGCUGGCCGAUUCACGCAUAUUGGGAGGGCGAUGCCAGCAAAUGUUUGGACCAGAGCGCUAUCGUCACAGCCGACUCCAUCAUCAGCGUAAUCAGCGACUUGGCAAUCUUGUUAUUACCAACACCCCUUACCUGGUCCCUCCAGCUGCCUCGACGAAAACGAUUCCGCGUAGCAGGACUGUUGUGUGCUGGCGGAAUUGCCACAGGCUUUAGCAUUUAUCGCCUUGCGAUGAUUGUUGACGAGGCCAAGUCUACAAACAUGACAAUGGUCUUUAUCAAAGUCAUUUUAUCUGGUAACGCCGAGGUUGGUAUCGGCUUGAUAUGUGCCUGUCUUCCCGCCGUCAGUACGCUCUAUGUUUCACGCGCUCGAGGCUCCUCAUACUUCAAGAACCCCGGCCAAACAAGCGUCAGCGGUCACGGCGAAAUCAUCUUGACGAGAUCGUACCACGUCGAUAGCUCGGUAAUAGAUAAGAACAUUGACGACAACGCCAUCGAGCUAGGUCACGACGAGACAGGGCUGGUGUCGAAUAUCGAGACUCGAGUGCGGGCGAAUGCUCCAGAGAGCCAUCACUCUAAUCGGUCUGAUCGAUCCGAUGAGACGCUAUGA